AUGUUCAGCCGCAACAAUAACCUGGAUUAUCGAUUGUUCUUCCGUUCCAGAGGUUCUUUCAAGUCUCUUAGCUGGAAUGCUAUGAUCUUGGUGUUAUGUUUUUCCAAUGUCCUAGUGUGCAUUCUAAUCUGGAAUAAGUAUGCAACAAUACAAAUACCAGCUUUGCCCUUGGCAGUGCUUGCGAUUAGCCCAUCUCUGUUUCCAGGAGCUGCACGACUACUCAUAUGCAAUCUGCUAUGCCGUGCGAUGUCAUUAUGGAGCCCAGUUGUUGCAGUCCUAUUGCUUGGUCCCUCUGCACCAUAUAGCUUCGAUGAGGAUUUCAACAUUCACAAACUCAGUUUCAAAAACUCAAUCGCCAAGCUGACAAUGUAUCUGGUAUUAUUUGUGGUCGUGCUCCUAGCGACAAUCAGCAGGCUGCAAUUCCCAGGUAUCAUGAAACUAGUAGACUUGACUCUCGGCAGGAGAAUAAUAUAUUGGCGUCGAGUUAUUCUAAACUUGUGCAUGCUAGCUGCAGUAGCGAUGUUUGUGUUCACUUUUGAAGGCGUCGGAUGGAUUGUGAUUCUCAUAUUUAAAUUAUGUGGCCUAGUAGUAAUAGUGUCAUUCGGAAACCUCCAGAUUCCAGCAGCAGUAUUGCGCAUCGUGCUGGCACUAGUACGCCUUAAAGCACAAAGCUACUACGGCCAUGAUGAACAUGUUGACAAGAAAAUCCUUGGGGACAAGACAAACCUCGUGCCAUCUCUCAAUAUCUUCUACGGGAUGGUGCUUGGCCAGGGAAUACUUUACAUUGUUGCCUGCAUCCUUGAUGUCUUUUCAUGCAUCCUCCUGAGAUGCCUCGCCCGUGGUGCUAGAUUCAGAGGUCCCCGGGCAGUGGAAUAUGUCAAUUUGUACUAUGCCUAUGCCUUUGAGAAAUGCAUGGACGGCGCUGUGUUUGCCCGAAAGAAGAUCAGCCUCAUCGCAUUUGCAAUGGAUUCUUUAAAGUCAGACUCACCCAAGAUGCAGCUCUAUGGACUUCGCAUGUUGCACAUUUUCCUAAAAAAUGAACCUAUCAAGACCAAAGCCAUCUCAAAACUAGCGACUUCCACGAAGACAGUAACUGUCUUAUUCAACAUGUUGGGCUGGACAAGUGAAGGAGAUGCAAAUAUUAGAUCAUUUGCCGCGAAGGUCAUAGCUGAGCUUGCUGGUAGCCUCCGAGUUGUCUCUGUCCCUGGGGCAAUGCAGCUCAUAGCCUCACUUCUUGAUACUGUUCACCAGCAGAAAAUAAAGGAUCCUCUCCUAGACAUUGGUAGCCUAGAGGCAGAACAAGAUACCCUGAUUCAGCAAGUUGCCAUGGACGAACAGAGGACACCCAUGCUUAAAUGGUUGAAACAGAUGGCAGUAUAUUGUUUGGUUCCAAGGGAGGAGCCAUCUAACAUGGAUGGACAAAACUCAUGUACACUCAGAUGCUGGAAGCAGAUUACCAAAUGCUGGUAUAUUCCAGAGGAGGAGCCAUCAACGGACCAGGAUCUGCUCCCUGUACUGGGCAGAUUAAUUCUUGACACUCUUGCUAGCUUUGAUAUUGAGAACCGUGUAGAAAUCAACAGAUCAACAGGCCUCAUUUCAAAGAUCAUAGAUUUCACAAGCAACAGAACUGACAUGACCAAUAUUAGUGAGACAGACCAGGCACUGCUGAAAGGUUCAUCGUUGAAACUGCUGAGAAGACUUGCAAGUACUCGAGGGAAGUUUGGGGUAACUUUGCGACAGGAGAUUUCAGAACAUCCCUUCCUUUUGAGCAACCUUGCAGCGAUCUUGGAAGACAGUGGGAGCAGCCAAGAACUUAGGGAGCUAACAACAGAAAUCCUUAGAAACAUUUCCAUGGAUGCAAACACAAGGGACGAGAUCGGGAAGAUUCGGGUGAUCAUUAGCAGGUUGAUGCAUGCAUUUCUUAACCGAGAAGCAGCCUCAAGUACAUAUUCAGAUAAGUUACGAAAGGUCGCCGGGCAAGCCCUGGCAGUGCUAGCAAUGGACAGUGCGAAUAACUGUUUGGUUAUGUUAGCCGAACCAGGGUAUGUAUUCAUCAAGGAGCUCGCAUUUAUGAUCCAUGGGGACAUGUACAGGUACGUAGCAGCAAGCUUGUUGCGAAGUAUGUGCAUGCAUGCUCAACCUAAGUUCAACAACUCCGAACUGAAGGAGUUCUCUCACAUCCUGCGAGAGGUCUUGGAAGGAAUAAUGGAUGCAGAAGGGGCGGAACUAGAGGUCCUUGUUGGCCUUAGUUCACAAAUAUGUCAUGCCAUUCCUGGAGACUUUGAGCGUGAACUUGAGCAUGGUCAGAUUAAAGAAAGAUUUAUAAACAGACUUGUCUGUGCACUUAACUCAAAUAUGACACCUACUGCUCAUUGUCCGGGAAUCAGGAGGGUGAUAGUUGAACAUGCCAUACACAUAAUGGAGUGCAAUCCUAGCUACACCGACUGCUUUAAUAAAUGCUGGAUGAUGGAAGCACUGCUGCGGGUAGAACAUACACCUUCAAGGGCUGAAAAGUACAGGUUCUUCUUGGGCGACGCAGGACUGAUGGAGCACAGUGUGCCUCUCUCUGCUCUCGUGGCAAGAGCAAAGGAGCUGAUGGGCCAUGAGUGGCGACAAGGCAUCAGCAGUGUCACUAUCACCUAA